UCAGCAAAAAAUGGUGAGAUUUUAGUAGAAAUGGAACCCCUAUCAUAUAAUCUUCAAAAUGUUAGAUUGAACUUUAUCAAAAUGAAAGUUAUUAAAAAGUGGUCAUUCCAAGUCGGUCAAAUUACUCUUCAAAAUGAAAAUAGAGAAACUUUAAAAUUCAGUGAAUCGAUGAACUAUUCUUAUGAGCAUCAUAGUUAUUGGGGACAAGGCAAUGGUAUGCUCAAAGGUCUCAAUACUAGUAUAACUUUACGAAAUAAAACGCGAUUACCAAAUAUCAAUUGGGGUAUUAAAAUGCAAAUCUUACAAAAUGAUAUUUAUAGAUUUGAUGUAAUGUUACAACCCUAUACGGCUAUGGAAGUUUCAUUGUGGACUGAUUAUAUUGAAUAUGAGGUACCUUUCAUGGGACAACUAUUUUCAAAUUAUGCAGAUGCUGCUGUAUUCAAGCCACGUUUAAUAAACGGAAUUCAACGUGAAUCAAAACUUGUUGGCGUCAGGCAUGACUCACGACAAGUUAACUUAGAUGUUUCUCAAAGUUUAAUGAAUAAAGCAUCAAUUCCUGAAACUGAACAUACACGAUUAAAAGAUAUUGUCAACAAUAAGUCCUUCAUAACCAAUCAAACGUAUUCCAAAAUGAAGAUGCAACAUGAUUUCAUUGAAGGCAGUGCAAUCAAAGACAAUUUUCAAGAAAAUCAAGAGACGUUGUUAUAUCAUUUUGAUUGAAAAAAAUGGUAUCAUUAAUGUAACUAAAAAAUCGUUUUUAGGUAUUAAUGCUGACAAGAAUCACCAAUUCCUUAUUCGAAAAUAAUUCAACAAAUUUAUUCAACGAAAAACAACAACUCAAGUUACUUCAGUGGUAUAAAACAGUUUAGUCGAUUUAGUGAUGUACAGUGUCUUGCUGAAGUAUAGGGCAACCGUUUAUGGGUACUCUCGUCCAUGCUAUAACGCUGAGGUUAGGUUCCAAAAAUUUACCACGUUAACCCGUUAGUACCCAGACUGAUGGAAUUUGAUUUUAU